CACUUUCAUUGGCCUUAACCUCACUACGGCUUGAGUGCAUAAAAAAUAGAUAUUUUUGUGAAAGAAAAUAAAAAUUCAAUAAAAAUUGGCAAUGGCAACGAAAUUGCUUCGACUGCGAACACAGCUCACACAAUCCUACACCACGAGCAGUUCACUGGUGAAGACAAAGUUGAAUACAAUUCAAAGUAGAAUAAAUAAUUUUGAAAUACCUGAACGUUUCAAAGGAACUGUUGUUGAGAAGUGGCUGCAGUAUUGGAAAGGCCUAGUAACCGAUUAUCGUGAUGUUUUCUUGGGUGUGAUUCAACAAUUAAAAGAGAAACCGAUUCGAGCAGCCAUCUACGGUGGAUUAGGUGGUGCAGCAGUGUACACUUUUAAACACAAUCCCAAUGAAGUGGAUUUCAUUCAACAGCUUCGAGAAUAUAACGUUAGAAUGGUGAUGAUAGAUCCGGUGUGCCAGAAUCCAAUCUCGUCGCAAUAUCUCAUAUUCGUGGAGCGAUGCUACAACGAAGGAAUUGUUCGGAAACUUAAUCUGGGCAUUUUCUCACUGCUUUGGCUCGACAACUACAAUCGAGCGUUGGGAUUGUACAAAACAACCUGCUCAUUCACACAGCCCGAGCUAUUGACCUGGCACCAGCGAAUCAUUGACGUUGGCUUCCUGGAUAAAUGGUGGAUAAUUGAGAAGAAAAUGAUAGACUUUGACAUUAAUGAGGAUAAUUUGUAGACAAAUACACCAAAUCUGUUGUAGUCCACGAGCGCAUUAUGUGUUAAGUUACCUGUAAAUAGAAUAAUGUUAUGCAAAUAUAUAUAUUUACUUUGGCUUUGCUGAGUCAAAUGAAAUGCAUUA